AGGUGGUGAAAAAAUGCAAGCGAGAGAGAAGAAGAAGAACCUUGGAUCCAGAAAGUUUUCUUUUCUUUUCUUUUCUUUUCUUUUCUUUUCUCGCUACCCAAACAGUGGUUCUUUUGCUUUCCUUUAAGUAUUUUUCUUGCUCCUCACUCUCCUUUCUCAGUCUGAGCUAGCUUUCUCGUUCCCAAGCUCAGAAAGUAAAAGAGAAAGAAUUUGGAUUUUCUUUUUUCUGUUUUAUAGUAUUUGAAAUUGAGGUUCUUCAAUGGGAGCUCGCUGCUCCAAACUAUCUAUUUGCUGGUGGCCGUCGAAUCUCCGGUCAACUCUCGAUGACGACUCCGAUCUCGAGAGUGGGAAGGAUACGUUGCCUGGUUUUACUGAGUACAGCUUGGACCAGCUUAGAGCUGCUACUUCCGGAUUCUCGACGGAGAAUAUUGUUUCGGAGCACGGAGAGAAAGCUCCCAAUGUAGUCUACAGAGGGAAGCUUGGCGAUGAUCGGUGGAUCGCUGUUAAACGUUUUAAUAGAUCGGCGUGGCCUGAUACUCGACAGUUCCUUGAAGAGGCAAGAGCUGUAGGGCAGUUAAGGAGCGAGCGGUUGGCCAAUCUGAUAGGAUGUUGCUUUGAAGGGGAUGAGAGGUUGCUCGUGGCUGAAUUUAUGCCUAAUGAGACUCUCUCCAAGCAUCUUUUUCACUGGGAGACCCAGCCCAUGAAAUGGGCAAUGAGGCUGAGAGUGGCUCUAUAUCUAGCCCAAGCUCUUGAAUAUUGUUGCAGUAAAGGGAGAGCAUUAUAUCAUGAUCUUAAUGCCUACAGGAUCUUGUUUGAUCAGGAUGGUAGCCCUAGGCUCUCCACCUUUGGUCUUAUGAAAAACAGCAGAGAUGGGAAGAGUUAUAGCACCAACUUGGCUUUCACGCCUCCAGAGUACCUGAGGACAGGAAGAGUGACACAAGAGAGUGUAGUUUAUAGCUUUGGCACCCUAUUGCUUGAUCUUCUCAGUGGCAAACAUAUCCCACCAAGCCAUGCAUUGGAUCUUAUACGUGGUAAAAACUUUCUGAUGCUAAUGGACUCAUGUUUGGAGGGCCAUUUCUCAAAUGAUGAUGGAACUGAGUUAGUUCGGCUUGCUUCACGCUGUUUACAGUAUGAACCUCGUGAAAGGCCCAAUGCUAAGUCUCUUGUAACUGCCCUUACGCUACUUCAGAAAGAGACAGAGGUUCCAUCAUAUGUUCUAAUGGGCAUUCCACAUGGAACUGCAUCCUCAAAACAGACAUUGUCAUUAACACCUCUAGGCGAAGCAUGCUCAAGAAUGGAUCUCACUGCAAUACAUGAAAUAUUGGAGAAGGUCGGAUACAAGGAUGAUGAGGGGAUUGCCAAUGAGCUUUCUUUCCAAAUGUGGACAGAUCAAAUACAAGAGACACUGAACUCAAAAAAACGUGGUGAUGCUGCUUUCCGUGCCAAAGACUUUGCAACAGCAAUUGAGUGUUACACCUAUUUCAUUGACGGUGGGACCAUGGUGUCACCAACCGUGUUUGCGAGACGCUGCUUGUGUUACCUGAUGAAUGACAUGCCACAAGAAGCCCUAGGAGAUGCUAUGCAAGCCCAAGUAAUAUCACCUGAGUGGCAUACUGCAUUUUAUCUCCAAGCUGCUGCACUCUUCACCCUUGGGAUGGACAAUGAUGCGCAGGAAACACUCAAAGAUGGAACAAACUUGGAAGCCAAAAAACAUACAAACUGAAAGUGUACAGGCUUUUUUUUUUUUUUUUUUUCCAACCUUUCACUAAAAAUAUUUCUUGUAUUUACCUGUCCAUUUCCCCUUUGGCAUUUAUGUUUCUGAGCACCACAGGGUUACAACUGUUAACAAUUGUAUGUGGUUGUAUGUGGUGAUGUUGGUUUUUAUUUAUAAUCUCAAUCUAGACUCCAGGAGCCAUAUUGAUAGAGUGCAUUUUUUAGGUUGGAAUCGUGAACAU